AUGCACUGGGCCAACACGAAUCAGAACGAGUUCGAUGACAUCACGUUCCCCUCGUAUCCGUGCGAAAUCUUCAGCAGCAACUUGCAGCACAGCUCAGUCAAUCGCACUCGAUUAUUUAUUGCAUGUACUUACCGUCUGACUUUUCUGUCUCAUCACGACCAUGAUCAGAUGAGGCCAGCGCCAACACGUCUAAGUGUAAGCCCAAGUAAUCCGACGUGAAUGAAAAUAGCCCAAGUUGUUGAAGGACUGGCACUAGGACUAGCACAACAAGCAUUGCUUGUCAAGCAGCGCAACAAAAUGCACAGCCCAGGACUGACAGUUGAUGUGACUACAACAUAAAAAAAAAGUCCAUUCCUUUUUAUCAUUCCUGCGUGGCAAGGCGAACUGCGCGCUGCACUACCAUUAAAUACAACUUGAUGGUAAUAUGCAGCAGCGUUUGUUCGCAGCAUCAAUCUGUAUCUGCGUAGACGUAGACUGCUCAAGAUUUUGUGUGGAUAAUGAGAUUAUCGAUCGGUUGAAGAUUGUGAUGGAGCCACCACCGAACAGACCCAAGGAAGCGGUGCUCGUAUCCUGUGCAAAAGUAUCUGAUACUCGUAUUGCAAUCAUGCAUUACAAAUUUUUUUCUCAAGGUAAAUCCGCAUUACAAAUUUUAUUUCUCAUGCUGCAGGAAUUUGUAUAUGCAUUUAUACGAGUACGAUACUUUUGCACUGCAUAGCUCGAGGUGCUUGACAACGAGAAAACACAAGAACAAAUCAAAACAGUCUUCAGGAGCUUUUUUCCCGAGGAUGAGCUCACCGGCAAAGCCGCUGUGGUACUAAUGCUACACAUCUUACAUAUCGCUUCUGUACUAGUUCUAGUGCUUGGAAACAGUUCGUUAUGAGUAAACAAGUAUCUUCAACCUGACUCGAAUACAAACAUAAAGAUGCUCAUUGUAUCUUCCAUCUCGAGCUCGCAGAAACAAUUCAUUAUCAUUAGGGAGACUCCCGUGAGAAAAAUUAAGAACGACGGUCAGGUCGUGCUUGUGACUAGCUGCCUAUACUCACCUAAAAAAUCAAACAGUUGACCUCCACCACUGCCCCGCCAACUGCGACGACGAGUGCGACGCUUAUGAGAUUGCACCACAACAACUCCUCCUCGUCCAUCUCAUUUGCAAUUGCUAUGUAUAAAAAUUGCAGGGCAACAACAUGAUGACCAGAAAUAGAGGCAAGAAGAACUGCAGGACUCAGUUUAGGUUUUUGCAUGACAUAGACCACACCUGAACUACACGGAAAGUUGUCCUCAACCUUGCACCGAAAUUUGUUACGCAAGCAGUACCGGCAAGGGAAACUGCAACAUCAUGUGGCGGGCCGUGUAGAAGACACCUAGAAUAAUAUUUUGCAUGGCAAGAAACUGCAAGAGGAGAGACGCAGUAGAGCAGUGAAAAUGGUGCGCUCUCAUAACGCCAUUUGUGCCAGAUGGUAUGGCGAAUUACGAAGACGCAACCAACGAGGCGAGGAAGGUCGACGGGGCUGGUGGUCAAGCGGAACAGGCCGCUUUGGAGGCAGAAACCAAUGCCGCAGAAAAAGCCGCUGCGAAAGGGAAAGCUGCGGCGUCUUCGAGUGCAUGAUAAUAAAAUAUUUCUAGAAAGCUAAGCCUAAGUAUUCAAGAGCACAGCCAGGGGAUGUCGAGGGGUGCGACGAGAAUGACAAAGUAGUCACGCUGCUCUCUUGGAGCUGGUGCCAACCUAGCGCUAGCUUGUCGCGCGUCAAAAAAACAUAUUCAAUUGAUAAGAAGAUUCAAAAUCAUAAUGAUACGUGAUGACAAAUUAAAGGGCGGUUAUAUGCAGUAGCACAACGCCGAAGCUCGAUCCUAAGAAUGAACAACUCAAACGCAAACGACAGCUCGAACUAUAUUAUACCGACUUCACUUUUCGAACGUUAACAUCAUGUAGAAUAGCAAUAGAGAUAGACCGACCGACCGUCGACAAACUGCGGAGCACAAUUAAUGAAUCCAAAUAGUCAAUGUCAAAGGAACACUUUUAUAGUUCCGCUCAGAUUUCGGAGAAAAGAAAUGAACGCUGCAAAUGAAUCAAUAUGCUAAAUUUUUUUGAGAGUUUCUGGUCCUUCCUGCGCGUCGAUGUCUGAUCUCGGAAAAACUUUGGGUAGUAUCCCCAUCUUGGGAACGGUAAGUACUAUGCGCCGGGCUUUGGCUGCCCUGUGGCCGUGCUGUCCAACGUGUCCACCCCCUGCAAGAGAAGAAGCGUGACUGUUUUCUUGCUACUGUUUUCUUCAUUUCCUCCAACGUUGCAGUAUGGCACUCGGUAGUUUUGGUUCGUCUUGCU